AUGGUUAGCGUUUUCUUCGCGAACAUACUAGUUUCACCUCCGAAUUCUUCCAGGGCUGCAUGAAUUGCAGCGAGCUCGGCGCGUGUAAUAGUGUUAGUGCAGCCAAAUCCAUUUGGGUUUACGUAGACCACACGGUCUUUAUGCCAAGCACAAGCCCCAGCCACUUGUAGUUCUCUACCGUUUUCAGUUGUUAUCUUGGAUACCGAGCCAUCGGUCCAUACAAUUUCCUCGGGGUUGUGGGCCAGCGGCAGUGUACGUUGGAAUUGUGUCCGAUUCAACCUCGGUGUCGCUGGAGCUUCGUCAGGCGUGACCAUAGUGGCAAUGUUCUGGGGCACGUCAGUGCCGAGUCCAGGCUCCAUCCCAGCUGUGCCUGGGGAGUCCAGUUCUCCGUUCGUCCAGGUGGCGAGUCGGCGGCAGAGCGGGCUGCGCACAACGGCUCGGACGGUUGCCGAGGGGAGGGACGUCUGGUGCUGUGGUGCCGUCUUAUGAUCAGUUUGCCCCGGGUCGCGCCGGUAUCUGUGCAGCAGGGCAGCCACCGCCUCCUCGAAGGCCUUGGUCCGGUUGUUGCUGGUCCGGUUGAAGCUUUCCCAGAGCGUUUGAAGGCGUGCGUAGGAGACGAGUCGACCUCGAUGAAAAGAGGGCCGCACGUGGGGCAUGUGUUGUCUCGAGUGGCCCGGGCGCAGGAUGGCCGCCAGCUCCUGGCCAUCAUUAUCCAGGUCGUAGGUGCUGCGGCGUCGACAUCCAUUGGGUCCUCAGCGGCGGCCGCGGCUGGCUGCCCUUGGUGGAGAAGGCUUUCGUCUCCAUUUGUGAGGCGCAUAGCCGUGCUGAUUGCGGCUUUAUCACCGGAGUUUCUCGAGCUCCCGGGUGCUAAUCAGAUGGCGGCUCGUAUUGCGGUCGACCAAGUGGCUGAAUUCGAGCUGGAGUUCCGCGAGCGGGAGCACGUGUUCGACAGAGAGGGGUGCUGCCGCACGCGCUGCAGCUGCGGCGUCCAAAGCCUCGACAAUUGACCAGGUAGGUGGUGUGCGAGGCUCGUACCCGCCAGGCUAUGCUGCCGUGGCAGGAGGGCACGGGUAACCACGCCCAGUCGGCCUGUGUCGUUUAGAGCAAGGACAAGCGCGCGGUUGGCCACACGCGCGUACUGGGGUAAGAGUGAGCCCAGUCCUAGGCCAUAUUCAUCGAUUGGGAGAAGGGUGGUACGGGUAGGGAAGCUGCGUGGCAGCCCGUAGCACCGUUUUGCGUAACCGGCCAGUGCAGCGUCAAAGUUUGCGAUGUCCUGUUUCGUGUAUGGCAUCGCAGCAAAUGCAUAGGCGAUUGAGGUGUGGACGCAUUGCUGCAGCAUGCGUAGGCGUUGUGCCGGCGUGGCCAGUGACGUGGCUAUGGCCGUGCCCUUUUCUUUCACAGUUUCCGUGACGCGGGAGACUUGCGCCUUCCAGUCUAGUGAGAAGGUCUUCCAGCGUUGUGGUCAGGGCCGCCAAGUCGUCAGCGUACGCGGCGGCGCUGCAAUGGUACCGUGCAUUGUCCUCCGGGCUGAGGCAUCCGUAGCGGUAGCCCCGCCCACCUGCGUGGAGCCACCGCACAAGCGGUUCCAUGAACAAGAUAAACAGUACCGGUGACAGGGUGUCACCUUGCACUGUGCCACGUUCUAUUGGGAUGGCGGAUGUGCAUCCAUGUUCAGUACGAAUGCGGGUGGUGGCGUGCGCGUAUAGGUUGCGAACUGCGCAUAUCAGGUCGUCAGGCAGGCCCAGAUCGAACAUAAUCUGGAGUAGCCUGUCCUGAUCGAUUGUGUUAAACGCAGAGCUGUAGUCAACAUACACUGCGUAUACGUCUUUCCCAUACAGGGCAGCGUCCUCCAGUACAUGCACAAGGUUCAGUAUCUGCCGUUCCGUGUUGCAGUAGGCCCGGAAGCCCUCCUGUGAUUCGCUGAACAGCUGGAGUGGGCCUGCCAGUUCACCGAUGCCCAGGGCCUGGUGGCGAGCGUGUGCUGGAGGGCAGCGGCAGCAGCUUCACGCUGCGCUUUGGCUCGGUCCGCCACCAACUGGCGGUGUUGGGCUUGGCAGUCCUUUAUCUGACCUCGUAUGGCGGCAGCCUCUCCUUCCGUUGUUGUGUCUGGCGCUGCACCGCCGGCUGUCAGGUCUGCCGUGGCCUCGACCAUUAUGUCCUCCAAGUGGGCGGCAGCGGCGGCCAGCUGCUUCUUGGUGAUUGGAAGCGUCACGCGAGACCAGCGUGGGCUGUCUUCAGAUGUUGUUGCUGGUGGCGCUGCGGGCUGCGGUGCUUCCCAUAGGUGCAGCGCGUCAGCAGGCAGUUUUACGUGUACAGGUUUAUGGUCAAAGUUACCCGCGACUGUACUUACGUGCUCGUGUGGGCUGGGGCACGCGGUGAGCGUUGUCGUGCACAUGAGUAUGUCAUCUAUGCGGCUGCGGUGCGUUGUGACACCAUGUUGUGUUUGUUCAUAGGACCAUUCGCCCUCUGUGGUCAUGGUGCCUCGUGCGGGUAAUAAGCCAGUUUGUGCCAGAAAGCGUUGGUGUAGUCGGUCAGCAGAGUCAAGCGGCCCUGUGCGAUCUGCAGCGUUAGCUACAGCAUUGAAGUCUCCCGCCACAACCAGGUGUUGUUCACAGGCGCUGGUGUGUGUCAGGGUGGUCUGGCAGUAAUGGUAGAUGGCCUUGCGGAUUGCCGUGUCUUCGGGCGCGUAUACACCCAGGACUGUAAGGGGCGUGCUGCCCCGUGUGCGGAUCUGAAUGUGCGACACAUAGCCGUGUAGGGUGACUGGAGGAGUGUGGUGGGUAACACUAUUCAGGUUACUGUACCGUGUGGACACGGCAAUGGCGACGCCGGCGCUGCCUCUUUCCGUGGUGUUACGUGGAACAGAGCUGCAGUACAGGCGGUACCCUUCAUUCAUAAAGGCUCGCUUUAGUGGGUCGUGUCGGUGGCCAAGCAGCAAGAUUGCAGAGUGUGAAGCUCAGGUUUCCCGGGGCACCUGCGGCUGUUACUUGUGAGAGUAGGCCCCGUACGUUGUGUGUGACAAGAUGUAGUGUGCGGGCCUGUGUUUGGUCUGGGCUAGGUUGUGCGGUAGUUGUGUCUUGCCGUGCUGUUGGUGCGGUUUGCUGUCGUUUGAAUAGGUCGGUGAGCGUGUUUGUGCGCCCUGUCCAGCGGGCCAGCGCUGUCCCAUUGGUGGCGGUGGCGGCGGCCAGGGUACGUAUGGUUCGUAUUUGGGCGGUUAUGUUUGGGGCGAGGCGUUGGGCAGCAUUUGUUGUGUUGUUUGGGCUUGUAGCAGUGUUCCUUUGUUCAGGUUGAGUGAUGUCUAUUUCAAUGGGGGCAUUUGUGCGGUCUGUUGGUGCUGCUGUGGGCAGUGGCCUUGCUUCUUGUGGAAAGAUGUUGUAGCAAGGGCCGAGUGUAUUGCGCACGGCCUCCAUGUCUACAGUGGAGACGGUGCCGAGGUAGUAAAUAUGGCCUUCCAUAGCACUCCAUCCAUCGUCUUCAAGGAGAGUGUUGUGGAGUGGUGUAUUUUCUGAAUCGACUAUGCGCCAUUGGCCUGCCUCAAGGCGGACUGCAUAGACAUGGGGCCGGCUAUUCAUGAGGACAUUGAAGCCAAGGCGGCGCGCCUCACGUGGUAAUGCGGCGAGUACGGAGUCUUUGGAAUGAGGGGGAUCCCCUGGUGUGUCAAAAUGUGACACGGCGCAGCGCAUGACUAAACGCUUGUUGGGAAAAUCCGAGUUGCUGUGUCUGGCGGUAGCUUGUGUUUGAGAGCCCGGGGGGGUAGUGUAGUGGCUGUGGACGGGUCGGAUUGGCGGAUUGGGCUGUUGUUUGGCGGACAGCUGGCCGGGUCUCCCAGGCCCCCCGUAGGGGUGGUGACCUUGUGGGACCCGGAAGUGGGGUGUGUGCCAUGGUGGAGUGGGGUGCACUUGUGAGCCACAGGGCAGCCUGCCCCAUGGAGGCCGAGCCAGUGACCAUAGUCGGAACCCAUGCUUGCAGGGCGGUGACCGGCUGGUGGUCUGUGCAGAGAGAUGGGAGGUGUGUGUACAUUGCACACAAGGUGAUUAGCAUGGCUACUGUGCCUAUGACGGCAUUUCUGUAUGGCCAUAUGGCUGGUGCAUGCCGGCGGGCCAGGUGUGCGCUGUACAGGAGCAUUGCCAGGGCCAGAAUAGUGCCGUCAGUUGCAAUUGUUAGUGCGGCGAUCCCGAGUGGGAUGGCGGCUGCACUGUAGAAAAGCAUAAGGAAGCAGAAUGGAGUCAUAGCGAGGCUGAUGCAGAGCGGUCCAAUAAGUAGAGUGGUCAGCGCAGCCCCAUUGGCAUACAGCUCUGUUGCCGCUGUCGUCGUGUGUGUUUUCCUGCCAGCAGCACGUAGGUGUUUCAAGAGCAGGAAGGCAAGCAUGACAGUAGCUAGUGCCGUUGUGCCAAUUAUGAGAGCAUUCAGUGUAAGUCGUGUGCACGUCGCUGCCCAUACUAGGAAUUGCUUUAGGGGGGUGGAGAGUCGGCUGCAUGUGCCUAGGAAUAGCUUCAGCGUCACUGGUGGUGCCGGCUAGUCGUGUCACACUGUGAAGGCCCUCGUGGGCCACUUGCAGUGUACUCUCGACGUGGCGGGCAAUGGCGAGCCGUUGGAGUCUAGGCAGCCUCUGACUGCCGAUGGCAGUUAAAGCUAUACGACUGUAUUGUUUUCCAAGGGUAUGUGUGCUUGUUUUUAAGUCCUGUCGGUGCAGAGUGGAGGUGUUUUCUGGAUCUUUGUUGUGGGUCCCCCUUUCCUCAGUGGUAUUAUUAGCACGUUGUGUUAAGUAUUGAGAGCAUGAAUGGCUAAUUUGGGGUUGAAACUUCUUGUCCAACUUGGGCGAGGGAACUUGGGAAAUUUUCUUGUGUUGGAGCCCUUGUUUCUCAAGUUCACUGCUGCGUUCUUGGUGUAUUUGAUCAUCCGGAGUCGUCUGUGAGGCUGUGCCCGGGCAGGCUCCCAGGUCGAGUCCAUUGUUUGCCCCGGAAUGCCGCUCCCUGCCCUGCUUGGCGAGAAUGUCGCAAUUGCCUAGUAAUAUCAGCACCAGCAUCAGCCAGCCCCUGAUUCCUUUGGUCCAGCGUCCCGCCUUCGCUGGCAUGUGUCGCGAUCCCUGCUUCUUGCCCUCCACGAUAGCACCGUUUGUGAUAGUCUGAGUGUCAGCCGCCGAGCAAGGUGCCGUUCUGGUGGGUACACAAUUGCCGUCACGGUGCAGCCACGAGGGACUGACGGAUCGGCAAAAGGCUUUGCACACAGUGGUCCCCUUGCUCGUUUGGGCUUUAAAUAGAACGUCCAUAUUCUGCUGCGGCAUGCACAGCUCCUAUGUUCGCCUAUUUCACUUGUUCAGAAAUUCAAACCGAGCUCGUUGGUGUAUGUUGGGCGUAGUGUAGCAGUAUGUAUCUAAAUGUCUUUUA